GGUUUGUCACGACCACUGCCGCCAUUUUUUCGCUGCUGAAUGCGCGAGUUGUUGACAGAACUUGAAGAUCUAACUGUGUGUUAGUGUAUCUGAGAUCUUUCGGAUUUAUUUUUUUUGUUCUAGGGACUACUAGCUCAACGCAAAUCAGAUUGAUUGAUACUACCUGAUCUACAUCUAAUACAAAUCCUCAAGAACUUCUGAUUUCAAAGAGAAGCUCAAGAUUAUUAUGAUGGCGGAAACAGCAGAAGUGGAUGUAGCAGAAGUCAAAGUGGGAGAAAAGUCACCUGACUCACCAUAUGAUCCAGAGGAUACUAUAAAUACCACGAUCACAUCGAUAGACACAACGUUACCGAGUGAUUCGGUAGCAUCACCUCCUCCCCAUACAAACGGUAUCUCAAAUGGAAAAACCAAUGGAUCUGCCGUAGCUGGAAAUGAUGUGCAUAAUUUGAAACAAUACAAGCCUGGUGAACUGGCUUCAUCAGAGACCCUUAGCUCAGUAGACGGCAGUGGAGCGGUCAAACUACGGGAAUGUGACGCCAAGUUCAACCACACCCCCAACACAGUGCAUGGUCUCUUCCACAGGAUACAGAGUGGAUAUCCAGACAGCAUCGCCUUGGCAGUUAAAAGGAAUGGCGAUUGGAAAAAAUGGACGUAUAAACAAUAUUGGGAUGAGAGCAGGGCCGCGGCUAAGUCAUUUCUGAAGCUUGGUCUUGAGAGGUUCCAUGGCGUGGGUAUUAUUGGUUUUAAUGCACCCGAGUGGUUCCUGUCAAGCAUGGGAGCAAUGUUUGCUGGUGGAUUUGGAGUUGGCAUCUACACCACAAACUCUCCAGAGGCAUGCCAGUAUGUGGCAGGUAACUGCAAAGCCAACAUCAUCGUGGUAGAGAACUCCAAACAACUUCAGAAGAUAUUGAAGGUUUGGGAUCAGUUGCCCCACCUGAAGGCAGUUGUCCAGUACACUGGUAAACUGGAUGAAAAGAGGGAGAAUGUGUAUGAGUGGGAAGAUUUCAUGAAGCAAGGAAGUUAUAUGACAGAUGAUGAAUUGGAUCGCAUCAUGCAGAGCCAAGCCCCCAACCAGUGCUGUGCACUCAUCUAUACAUCAGGUACUACAGGCAACCCUAAAGGAGUCAUGAUUAGUCAUGAUAAUUACACCUGGAUUUCUGAACGCUGUCUCUCUCAAGUGGACAUUCCCUUUGGCACCCACAGGGUGGUCAGUUACUUACCGUUGAGUCAUGUAGCAGCUCAGGUCUUUGAUAUCUACUUCCCUCUCCAUCUUGCUGGCACGACUUACUUUGCCCAACCAGAUGCUCUCAAGGGCUCCCUUGUCGACACACUCAAAGAAGUGAGACCGACAAGUUUCCUCGGCGUACCCCGUGUCUGGGAGAAGAUCCAUGAGAAGAUGCGUUCCGUUGGUGCCAAUGUUACUGGAGUGAAGAAACGCAUUAGUGUAUGGGCCAAAGACAUAGGAUACAGAGGCAACGUGGCCAUUGCUAAUAGCUCCAUUAAGCCCAGAAGACCUAACAAAGUGCCAAGACAAACAGUACCGUGGGGAUGGACGGUUGCUAAUCUUGUGGUAUUCAGAAAGGUUAGAUUGGCUCUGGGACUUGACAAAUGCAUGUACAACUUCUCAGCAGGAGCUCCCUUAUCUAUGGAAACACUAGAGUACUUCCUCAGUAUCAAUAUACCUGUCUAUGAUAUCUAUGGCAUGAGCGAAAGCACAGGUCCUCACAGCUUCUGCUUACCAGGUAAAUUCAGGAUUGGUAGUUCAGGGACAACGUUCCCUGGAUCCAAGACCAAGAUCUCAGACCCAGACAGUGACGGUAAUGGUGAGGUGUGCUACUAUGGACGUCAUCUUUUCAUGGGCUAUCUUAACAUGCAAGAGAAGACAGAUGAGGCUAUUGAUGAGGAUGGUUGGCUUCAUUCUGGUGAUUUAGGAUACAUUGAUCAGGAUGGAUUCUUAUUCAUUACAGGAAGAAUUAAAGAGCUAAUCAUCACAGCAGGAGGAGAAAACAUCCCUCCCAUCCCUAUUGAGGAUAUCAUUAAGAAAGAAUGCCCUCUUAUCAGUAACUGUAUGUUGAUUGGAGACAAGAGAAAGUUCCUCUCCAUGCUCGUUUCACUCAAGGUUGUGAUUGAAGAGAAGACUGGUGAGUCUACCCAAACGUUGACAAGAGAAGCUCUUCAGAUCCUCUCUCCGCUUGGUAGCAGUGCUACAACGGUUGAGAUGGCAAAGAAGGAUGACAUCGUCAAGAAAGAGAUCCAGAGGGCAAUCAGCGAGCAUAACAAGUCAGCGACAUCAAGAGCACAGUGCAUACAGAAGUUCCACAUCCUUGAUAAGGACUUCACAGUCGCCGGAGGAGAGCUUGGUCCCACGUUAAAACUGAAGAGACCAAUUGUCAACAAGAUGUACAAAGCUGAGAUCGAUGCGCUAUAUGAAGACGCAGCAACACCGAAGGAUUAACCUCUACUCCUCUAAAAACUUGUUCCCAUGGAAACUACCUGUAAAUAACCUAUGUAAAUAGAUAUGUUAAAGUGCAUUAUUCCAGAUAGCAUAUAUAUUUUGAAAGUAUUGAUGCACACUAGUGAAUUGUAGAUAAGUUGAAUAAUAAAAUUUGAAGCUGUGCACAGACUGAAAGUUACUAGACAUCUUCCAUUUAUCAUUUUUUUAAAUUCCCUUGUUUUACUUUUUUGCGAUAUCAAUAAUUUUGCUUGGGAAUUCAGUAUUUGAUGAUUAACUAUUUACAUUAAUGCGUACUUCUUACAUCUGAUUAAUAGGCUAUUCUGCAUUGUGGGUGCAUACCUCCCUCAACUGAAGCAGGAAGCUAUGCAGGUCUCAUAGAUUUUGAACAUGCUAGGUACAUGUUAAGCGAGCACUUUGUUCUAUACUAUAUUGAAAAUGCAUGCUUGAUUGCAUAUGUAUAAUAUCUGCAAAAGUUUGAAGAUCACAGAUUUAUUGUAAAUUUGCCUAUUAUUUAAAAAACAAAUAUCCUCAAUUAUAUCUAUUGUAUGUAUAGUCUCAAUUGAUAUUAGGGUAAUAUCAGACAACAUCAAUUUCGAUCCUAACAAGAUCUUGUAUUGUUCAUGGAGCAAAUUUGUACAAAUAUUUAUGUUCAAUUAUUUAUUUGAUUUUGCUUGCAGUUUGUUUUGAAUAUACAUGUAAAUCUGCCAGCUUGUUUGGAUUCUGCUUUGAAAUGAAAUUAGUUUGUGGACUUUGUUGUAUAAUGGAGAAAAAUUGUAUUCAACACAAAAUAUUGGGUUGAAAUAUCUUGCCACUUGUAUGUUUCCAUGUGGUAUUAUUAAAAAGGGUAUUUGAAUCUUGCAAUGAUGAUUUGGUGCUGCAAGAUAUUUGUUUUCAAUGUCAUUAAAAAAUCUUGGGGUUUAAAACAAAUUAUGCAGAUUAUUAUAGUUGAAUAGCAAAACAUAUGUGUAAAUGCGUUAUGCAUAAUUAUUUGUUGUUAGGAAC